ACGCAAGACAAAAUGGCUAAGACCUUUGCAUUUAUCCUUCUAAUAUAUUGCUUCCUGCCCUUCUGACCUAGUCAAUUCUUCUGCUUCUGCCCGUUGUCCUACUCGUCGCCUCAACUCUCACGAGAACGGUCAGAUGGAGGAAAGUAUUCCCGGCACCCUUCGUCUCUUCGAUGCAGACGGAAAUCCGCUCGUCACUGAAGGGACCGGCUUGAAGAAACAUGGCGACAUAGUGCUGGUUCCUCAGCCGACUGACUCCCCGAAUGACCCUCUUCAUUGGUCUAUGCCGCGCAAAAUAUGGCACAGUGUUUUGGUCUGUUUUGUCACAGCACUCACAGCUGCAACUUCCAAUGAUGCAGGUGCAGCGCAGUAUAACGAGAACCUCGAAAUAGGUGUCAGCUAUGGCUCGUUCAAUACUGGCGCCGGAGUCUUGUUCGUCGGAAUUGGUUAUUGGUGUCUUCUGUCCUCUCCCAUGGUGUACUUGUAUGGCCGGCGCAUUCUGUACCUCAUCUGCAUGUUGUUCGGUCUGAUUGGGGGUAUCUGGUUCGCCAGAGCUCAGACUACCAGCAGCGCUGUAUGGAACCAACUAUUUGUUGGCGCAUCUGAAUCUGUGGCUGAAGCGACCGUUCAAUUGUCGCUCAUGGACCUGUGGUUUCAGCAUCAGCGUGGUUCAGUCCUAGGUAUCUACGUUUUGGCCACCAGUAUUGGAACAUACUUGGGUCCUUUGAUUGCAAGCUACAUUGCCGACAGUAGCCUUGAUUGGAGAUGGAUUGGCUAUUUCGGAGCCAUCUUCUCCGGUGCAACAUUCCUUGUCUUCCUGUUCGGCCUGGAAGAGACUGCCUUUCAGCGUCCCAAGUACUUGAUCAAUGGUGGCGAGCGAUAUCUCAUUGAUGGAGUCAACAGAGCUGACAGUGAGAAAUCCGGAGAUCAUGAUACAAAAGCCGGAGACAAAGAAAAGGUCACUGGCGAAGCUCAACAGACUCCAUCCAGCUUGGAACGCUCCAAUGGUGCAGACGAGAGGCCCAAAUCUUACUGGGAGCGCCAUCGCAUAAUCACGCCAGCACCAAACUUAAAGGGAACCGGCUUCAAGCAAUACUUUCAGCGACUGUGGCAUAUCCUUAAGGUCUUCAGUUUUCCUGCUGUGUGGUACUCGGGUCUGCAGUGGGGAGCCCAAGAUGCCUGGUUGACGUUCUAUCUGACUGUCAUGGAAGACACCUGGUAUGGACCACCAUGGAACUACAGUGACGCUGCAGAUGGCAAUAUGAACAUCCCUUGCUUGAUCGGAGCGGUCAUCGGCUGUUUUUACGGUGGUUGGGGCAGCGACAAAUUCGUGAUAUGGAUGGCCAAGCGAAAUGGUGGUAUCAUGGAAGCCGAGCAUCGAUUGUGGCUCCUGUUUCCCACCGCUUGCAUCUUCCCCGUCGGCUUGUGGAUCUUUGGUAUUGGUACCGCUUACGGCUGGUCCUGGCCCGCUCCUUAUGUCGGACUUGGGUUUAUCGGUUUCGGCUGGGGCUGUGCUGGCGAUUUGAGCAUGGCAUACCUAAUGGACGCGUAUCCGGAGAUGGUGUUGGAAGGCAUGGUGGGCGUUGCUACGAUCAACAACUCCAUCGCACUUAUCUUCACCUUCACGGCUUCCGAUUGGCUCGAGGCGAGCGGUAUUAAGAACACAUUCAUUGCCAUUGGUGUUCUGGCGUUUGUGUUUCUGAUGACGACUUUGCCGAUGAUUGUUUGGGCAAUUGAUGAUGUGGAAAUCGUGAAGGAGAUUUACUCUCUGAAGAGAUCCUCAUACUACAACCCAGACUACCGCACCGGUGCCGCCCUGAACCGCGCGAGACGACCGUAUCUAUUCAAGAACAUGGUCACCGGCGUAGCAAUCUUCAGUUUCGCAAUUGGUGUUUUCGCUUUCACCCUCCGCGCCGUCGGCCAAGAUCGAUUCGAAGACGUGAUUGUCCCCGAUGCCCCAGCACAGCCCAGUCCGAAACCGGGGACGGCCCAGGUUAAUGGGAUGCGGUCAUGA